CGGUUCCGCUUCCGGCGCCGCUCCGGUUCCGCUUCCGGUGGGGCUGUCGGUGCUGGUGGCGGUGCCGGUGCCGUGCCGCCAUGCCCGAGGCGCUGUCGCUGCUGUGCCGGGUGUCCGCGCACCCCGAGUCCCGCUGCUGGGCCCUGGCCUGGAGCCCCAGCGGGGCCCUGCUGGCGUCCUGCGGCGGGGACCGCACCGUGCGCGUCUGGGGCCGUGAGGGCUCGGGCUGGGCGUGCCGCGCGGUGCUGGCGGACGGGCACCAGCGCACGGUGCGCAGGGUGGCGUGGUCGCCGUGCGGGCAGCUCCUGGCCUCGGCCAGCUUCGACGGCACCACGUGCGUCUGGAGGCGCCACGAGCACGGCUUCGAGGUGGUGGCCACGCUGGAGGGACACGAGAACGAGGUGAAGUCGGUGGCCUGGGCGCCCUCGGGGUCGCUGCUGGCCACCUGCAGCCGUGACAAGAGCGUCUGGGUCUGGGAGGUGGACGAGGAGGAGCAGGAGUUCGAGUGCGUCAGCGUGCUGAGCGCCCACAGCCAGGACGUCAAACACGUGGUGUGGCACCCCAGCCAGGAGCUGCUGGCCAGCGCCAGCUACGACGACACGGUGCGGCUGUACCGCGAGGACGAGGACGACUGGGUGUGCUGUGCCACCCUGGAGGGACACACGUCCACCGUGUGGGCAGUGGCCUGGGAGCGCUCCGGCCAGCGCCUAGUGUCCUGCAGCGAUGACCGCACCCUGCGCGUGUGGCAGCGCAGCCAGGGACACGGCAGUGGCUCGGAGCACAGCUGGCAGUGUGUCUGCACCCUGUCCGGGUACCACGGGCGCAGCAUCUACGACGUGGCCUGGUGCCACCUGACGGGCGCGGUGGCCACGGCGUGCGGUGACGACGCGGUGCGGGUGUUCGAGGAGGUGGCCCCGGUGGCCCCGGGCUCUCCGGUGACGUUCAGCCUGGCCGCCCACGUGCCGCGGGCGCACGCCCAGGACGCCAACGGGGUGGCCUGGCACCCGCGGGAGCCGGGGCUGCUGGCCUCCUGCGGGGACGACGGGGACAUCGCCUUCUGGCACUACCAGCGCCCCGACGGCCUCUGAGCCACACCGGGGACACCACGGGGACCUCCAGGACACCGAGGGGACCUCCAGGGACACCAAGGGGACCUCCAGGAUCACCCAAUGCUUGGCACAACUUCCCCCUGGCCUCCAGAAGUUUCCUGUGUCCUCCAGGGCACCUCAAGGGCAUCCAGGAUCACCCAGUGUUCUCCAGAACCUUCUCGUGGCCUCCAGGACACCUUGGGGACCUCCAGGAGAUCUCAGGGGCCUCCAGGAUCACCUAAUGUUCUCCAGAACCUUCCCAUGAUCUCCAGGAUCACCCAGUGUUCUCCAGAACCUUCCCAUGGCCUCCAGAAGCUUCCUGUGGCCUCCAGGACACCUUGGGGGCCUCCAGGAGAUCUUGGGGGUCUCCAGGACCCUCCCAUGGCCUCCAGGAUCACCCAGGGUUCUCCAGGACCAUCCAGUGUUCUCCAAAACCUUCCCAGAUAUCCUCCAGAACUUUCUCAAGUUCUCCCGACCCUUCCCACGUCCCCAGGCCCCGCAGUGUCCCCAGCCUGUUGGGUUUGUGGGGCUGGACUGGCUUUGGGGUCCUGCUCCUGCCCCACAGCCAAUAAAAACCAGGGUGGCCCAAAACCCCCGGAUCCCACAGGGA